AUGUCUCUGUUUCCUCCUGGGCCGUCGGCAGCCUCCUCGAAGCGCAUCAGCUCGCGCUUCGAGGGCAUCACCGACCUUUGCGCCCUCCCUUCCAUCGCCGAGGACACUGUUCUCGCCACGCUUCGCGAGCGGUACAGCACUUCACAGCAGUACACCGCAGUUGGAUCGUCUGGCCUCGUGUCUAUCAACCCUCUGACCUACCUUCCCGCCAACGGUGACCAGACUCUCCAGGACUAUGUGACCGAGUACUACCGUUCAACGGGCGACGACCAGGUUGGCGACCCUGCCAACAUGCGUCUCGGCCCCCACAUCUUUGGCCAAGCGCUCAGUGCAUACUACAACAUGCGUCGUACCGGCCAGGACCAGAUCAUGCUCAUGACUGGCGCAACGGGCUCUGGCAAGUCCGAGAUGCGCCGUUUGGCCAUCAAGGCAAUGUCUGAAGUGGCUGUCGCUGCCUCGGGCAAGAAAGGCUCCAAGGUUGGACCUCAGAUCGCAAAUGCCCAGUUCAUCCUCGAAUCGUUUGGCAACGCCCACACAAUCUCCAAUGACAACGCCUCCCGCUAUGGCAACUACACCGAGCUCCAGUUCACCGACCGCGGCCGUCUCGAGGGUCUCAAGGUUAUCGAGUACUACUUUGAGCGCUCGCGCGUGUCCCAGCCCCCCGCCAACGGUGAACGCAACUUCCACGUCUUCUACUACCUCGUGGAAGGUAUCGACGGCGACGAGCGUCAUCACCUCCGCCUUGGCCAGACCAGCGAGUACCGCUACCUCCAGAGCCGUGCCCGCAGGACGGGUGCCAGCGACCGUGAACGCUUCCAGCAGCUCAAGGCUGCCUUCCGCACCGUCGGUCUGAGCAACCGUCUCGUGGCCCAGGUGUGCCAGCUUCUCGCCGGCAUUAUCCACAUCGGAAACCUCACGUUUAUGGACGACCCCUCCAUGCAUGAAGGCGCCAUGGUCACCAACGUCGAUGUCCUCCACACCGUCGCCGAAUUCCUUGGUGUCUCCAACGCCGCCCUCGCCGAGAUCUUUGCGUUCAAGACCAUCCUGGUCCGCAAGGAGAUCUGCACCACCUUCCUUGACCCCGAGCAGGCCGAGGCUGUCCGUGACGAGCUCGCCCGCACUCUCUACUCCCUCCUCUUCUCUUGGCUCAACGAGCACCUCAACCAAAAGCUGUGCAAGGACUCGUUUGGUUCGUUUGUCGCCAUCCUCGACCUCCCGGGCCAGCAGAACAAUGCCGGCCCCUCGCUCGGCGUCAACUCGAUUGACCAGUUCUGCUUCAACUUUGCCAACGAGAAGAUGCACAACUGGAUCAUCCACCGUGUCCACGAGACCCCGCUCGCCGAGGCGGCUACCGACCAGAUGGCCAUGGAGCGCAUCCCGUACUUUGACAACACCGAGUGCCUCAAGAUGUUCAACGACCCCAAGCACGGUCUCAUUGCCAUUGCCGACGACCAGGCCAAGCGCAAGAAGACGGACCAGAACAUGUUUGAGCAGAUGGCCAAGCGCUACGCCGGCCACUCGUCGUUCCAGGCCGGUCACUUUGACCGCAGCGGUUCGGCCUCGUUCACCGUCAACCACUACGCUGGCCCCGUGGCUUACACCAUUGACUCGUUUGUGGAGCGCAACGCCAACGAGACCAGUGCCGACAUUCUGCGUUUGCUCCGCGGUACCGCUACCGGCACCAGCAACGUUCCUGACCACCAAGGUUCAAACAACCCCUUCGUUCGCAGCCUCUUCUCGUCGCGCUCCAUCGCUACACAGGCUCACCCUCGCAACGACGACACGAUUGUCGCCGCUCAGCAGCCCGUCAAGCCCAUGCGUGCGCCCUCGACCCGUCGCAAGCGCGGUCCCAAGCUCACGGCCGUUGCCGAGGAGAAGGACGGCGAGGACGUGGAUGCCGAGGUUGGAGGCGGCAACGACGAAGGUGCGGCGGGUACGCACCUCUCGUGCGUCGCCGGUCAGCACUGGCAGGCCCUUGACACCCUCUUCUCCACCUUUGACCAAGCUCAGCCUUGGUUCACCUUUUGUUUGCGCCCCAACGACUCGCAGCUUGCCGCGCAGAUUGAGACUCGCUCGCUCAAGCAGCAGAUCCGCAGCCUGGGUCUCACCGAGAUUGCCCUUCGUCUGCGCACCGACUAUGAGGUCCGCAUGACUCACCAAGAGUUCUCGGAUCGCUACCACGACGAGUUUGCCGAGCGUGCCAUUGGCAACCAGGGUUCUCCCGGCGACCGUCUUCGUGACCUCAAGCGUGUCAUGAAGCUCGACGACACUCACAUGGGUGUCGGCGCGACGCGCGUGUUCCUGUCGCACGACGCAUUCCACCGCUUUGAGGACCGUUUGCGUGAGGAGGAGGGUGAGCAGCGCCCUCCUCCCCACCAGGGCCGCGAGCGUUACGACAUGUUCGCCCCCGGCCAGCGUGGUGCGGAGCCCGAGGGCGAGGUCGAGACCAUGUUUGACUACCACGACCGCAACGAUUCGACCGCUGCCCUGCCCCUUGUCGCCCACCAGCAGCCAGGCCCCCGUGCCGCCGACUCUGACUAUGACGACGAGUCGCGCGGCUUCGCCCCCUCCCAGGCCAGCGGUCCCUUUGGCGACUCGGCUUCGCACAUUGGCUCCGAAGCGUACGCGCCUUCGCGCAACAUGUUCCGCGACGUGCAGAACACUCGUGGUGAAAAGGACGUUCUCGACGAGCUUCCAGACGAUGGCGAGGUGGUUGAAGAAUACAAGGAGUCGCCCGCCCGUCGCCGCUGGGUCUGGCUCUGCAAGUUCCUCACUUGGUUCUGUCCCGACUUCCUCCUCGACAAGCUCGGUGGUAUGAAGCGUCAAGACAUUCGCCAGGCAUGGCGCGAAAAGCUCGCCAUCAACAUUAUCAUUUGGUUUAUCUGUGGCUGUACCAUCUUCGUCAUUGCUGUUCUUGGUCUCCUUAUUUGCCCUACCCAGCACGUCUACACCGAGUCCGAGCUCGAGUCCCACAACUAUGACGAUAACCCCAACAACGCCUUCACCUCCAUCCGUGGCGAGGUCUUUGACCUCACGGCGUUCUGGACGGUUCACACCACCGUUGUCCCCAUUAUCCCCGAAAAGACCAUCAUGACCUACUCUGGUACCGACGCCACCCCCAUCUUCCCCAUCCAGGUCUCGGCUCUCUGCAGUGGUACCACUGGUGCUCUGAGCCCCUACAUCACUGUCGACUCGAGCAACUCGACCGACGUCUACGCCAAGUACCACGACUUCCGCAUCCAGACCGACGACUACCGCCCCGACUGGUACCAGGAGCAGAUGAUCACUCUGCGCUCGCGCUGGAAGAAGGGAUACAUGGGCUACACCAAGAAGGACCUGAAGAGCAUGGCCAACAAGGGCCAGAUUGUCGGCUACAUUGACAACCUCGUCUACGACAUGACCACAUAUGUCAACCAGGGCGGUGGUGGUCUCAGUGUUCCCGACGGCAUUGAUGCCGGCACGGUCGACACGAGCUUCAUGUCCGAAUCGGUUGUGUCCAUGUUCACCUACAACUCGGGCAAGGACGUGACCAAGCUCUUUGAGAGCCUCAGCGGCGUCAUUGGCGACGAGGUUCUCGGCUGGCAGAAGACCUGCCUGGAGAACAUCUUCCUCAUCGGCCAGCUCGACACGCGUGACUCGCCCCAGUGCCUGUUCUCGACCUACAUCCUGCUCGCUCUCUCGUGUGUCAUGGUCGCUGUCAUUGGUUUCAAGUUUAUUGCUGCCAUUCACUUUGGUCACGCGCGCGCCCCCGAGAACCACGACAAGUUUGUCAUUUGCCAGGUGCCCUGUUACACCGAAGGCGAAGAUUCUCUGCGCCGCACCAUCGACUCGCUUGCCAAGCUCCGCUACGACGACAAGCGCAAGCUUCUCUUUGUUAUCUGUGACGGUAACAUUAAGGGUUACGGUAACGAAAAGGCCACGCCCGCGAUCGUGCUUGACAUUCUCGGUGUCGACCCCAACCUCGACCCCGAGCCUCUGUCGUUCCUUUCGCUCGGCGAGGGUGCCAAGCAGCACAACAUGGCCAAGAUUUACGCAGGCUUGUACGAGUCUGGCGGCCACGUCGUCCCUUACAUUGUCUGCGUCAAGGUCGGAAAGCCCACUGAGCGUCCCAAGCCUGGAAACCGUGGCAAGCGUGACUCGCAGAUGCUUCUCAUGCACUUCCUCAACAAGGUCCACUACAACGCGCCGAUGAACCCCAUGGAGCUCGAGAUCUACCACCAGAUCAAGAACGUUAUUGGCGUCAACCCCAGCUUUUACGAGUACCUGUUCAUGGUCGAUGCCGAUACCACUGUCGAAGAACUGUCUCUCAACCGUCUCGUUUCGGCGUGCAUGCACGACAAGAAGAUUAUCGGUAUUUGUGGUGAAACGUCCAUCUCCAACGCCAAGCAGUCGAUUGUCACAAUGUCCCAGGUGUACGAGUACUUUAUCUCUCACCACUUGUCCAAGGCAUUCGAGAACCUGUUCGGCUCGAUCACCUGUUUGCCCGGUUGUUUCACCAUGUACCGCCUGCGCACACCCGACACCAAGAAGCCGCUCUUCAUUGCCAACCAAAUUGUCCACGACUACUCGGAGAACCGUGUCGACACGCUCCAUCUCAAGAACCUUCUCCACCUUGGUGAAGAUCGUUACCUGACGACCCUGGUUCUCAAGCAUUUCCCCACGUACAAGACCAAGUUUGUUCGCGACGCAAAGGCCGAGACUGUGGCUCCCGACUCGAGCAAGGUUCUGUUCUCGCAGCGUCGUCGUUGGAUCAACUCGACCGUGCACAACAUGGCGGAACUCAUCUUCCAGGAGAACCUGUGUGGUUUCUGCUGUUUCUCGAUGCGUUUCAUCGUCCUCAUCGACCUUAUUUCUACCAUUGUCGCGCCAGUCACCGUCGCAUACAUCGGAUACCUCAUCUACAUUAUCGUCAAGGACGGCAGCUCGAUCCCGACGCUUUCCAUCAUCAUGCUGGCUGCCAUUUACGGUCUGCAGGCGCUCGUGUUCAUCUUCCGUAUGCGCUGGGACAUGAUCGCUUGGAUGCUCUUCUACAUCUUGGCCAUUCCAGUCUUCUACUUCUACCUGCCCCUCUACUCCUUCUGGCGCAUGGACGACUUCUCCUGGGGUUCCACGCGUCUCGUGGUCGGCGAAAAGGGCAAGAAGAUGGUCAUUCACGACGAGGGCAAGUUUGACCCCAAGUCGAUCCCGCUCAAGAGCUGGAACGACUACGAGAACGAGCUCUGGGACCAAGAGUCCAACCACUCGUACGGCACCGGCCUCGAGCCCCUCAACAAGUCCGAGUACCUCGGCUCGCACGCCGGAUCGAUGUACGGCGGACGCGAGUCGGCGUAUGGUGGUGGCCGCGAGAGCCUCUUCCAGGGCUCGCACUACAGCGGCUACAACACCAACAACAACAAUGCCAACCGCGGCCUCUCGCCGUCGGGCUCGUACACCGAUGUCCGCAACGCAUCGCGCGCCGGCUCGGCGUACGACUACCCCGCCCCCCGCGGCACCUUCUACGGCGGCGGCGGUGACACUGGCUCGUCUGGCCACCUUGCCGACACCAACAGCCUUUACGCCACUAGCUUCUACGGCCAGCCGCCCGUCCAGCCCAACGCCAACAGCAUGUACGGUAUGCCCGUGCGCGGCGACACGACCGACGACCUGCUGGGCGACAACCUUUCGGAUGCUCAGCUCGAGGCUAGCAUCCGCCGCAUCACCGACAGCGCCGACCUCGACACCCUCACCAAGAAGGGUGUCCGCAAGCAGCUCGAGACCGAGUACGGCAUCAGCCUUGCGUCCAGGAAGGACACCAUUAAUCGUAUCAUCGAGUCGGUUUUGGCCGAGUAA